UUGUGCGCACACCGAUGACGUAAGCACAGCUCGGUCUGCUGAAAACAGGGGAGCUUUUUCUUGCAUCGAAAACAGCACAGCCAUGAACUGGAACAAAGGCGGCCCUGGUGUGAAGCGAGGUUUUGGAUUCGGAGGAUUCUCCCUUGCUGGGAAAAAAGAGGAGCCUCAGCUUCCUCAAAAAUCUCAUACUUCAUUUGGAGCCUCAGGAUCAGGCGGAGGCUAUGGGAAGAACCAGCAGCUCCCAUCAUUCUACAAAAUAGGGACAAAAAGAGCCAAUUUUGAUGAGGAAAAUGCUUACUUUGAAGACGAUGAGGAGGAGUCCAGCAGCAAUAUGGACCUGCCAUACAUCCCAGCUGAGAACUCUCCAACACGGCAGCAAAUGCAGUCUGGUGGUGGCUCAGAUAGCGAAGAUGAUCCUCUCGAUGCUUUCAUGGCAGAGGUUGAGAGCCAGGCAGCUAAAGACAUGAGGAAACUGGAGGAAAAGGAAAAGGAGAAAAAGUCAGCCAAGGGUAUUCGCGAUGACAUUGAAGAGGAAGAUGAACAAGAAGCCUACUUCCGCUACAUGGCAGAGAAUCCCACAGCUGGGCUGACCCAAGAAGAAGAGGAGGAAAAUGUCGACUAUGACAGUGACGGGAACCCGAUCGCUCCUACCACCAAGAAAAUAAUCUUACCACUUCCUCCCAUUGACCACUCUGAGAUUGAUUACCCACCAUUCGAGAAAAACUUCUACAAUGAACAUGAGGAGCUCGGCAACCUGACAGCGACACAAGUGUUGGAGUUACGGCACAAACUGAACCUGAGGGUGUCUGGUGCUGCCCCUCCUAAACCUUGUACUAGUUUUGCCCACUUUGGCUUUGAUGAACAGCUGAUGCAUCAAAUCCGCAAGUCUGAGUACACUCAGCCCACACCGAUUCAGUGCCAGGGUGUGCCGAUAGCUCUAUCAGGACGAGACAUGAUUGGUAUAGCGAAAACUGGCAGUGGCAAAACAGCAGCAUUUAUCUGGCCCAUGCUGGUUCACAUCAUGGACCAAAAGGAACUGGAGGCAGGAGAAGGGCCCAUCGCUAUCAUUGUGUGUCCCACGAGAGAGCUUUGUCAGCAGAUCCAUGCAGAAUGUAAGCGUUUUGGUAAAGCCUACUCACUGCGUUCUGUGGCUGUGUAUGGAGGAGGCAGCAUGUGGGAGCAGGCCAAAGCUCUUCAGGAUGGAGCAGAGAUUGUGGUGUGCACACCGGGUCGUCUGAUUGAUCACGUCAAAAAGAAGGCCACGUCCCUGCAGAGAGUGACAUACCUGGUGUUUGAUGAAGCAGAUCGCAUGUUUGAUAUGGGCUUUGAAUACCAGGUCAGAUCCGUUGCUAGCCACGUACGCCCAGACAGACAGACUCUUCUUUUUAGCGCUACUUUCCGAAAGAAGAUAGAGAGGCUGGCCAGAGACAUCCUGGUAGACCCGAUCCGUGUGGUGCAGGGAGACAUCGGAGAGGCCAAUGAGGAUGUGACCCAGGUGGUGGAGCUGCUACCUUUGGGGUCGGACAAAUGGCCUUGGCUGACCAAGCGGCUCGUUGAGUUCACUUCAGCCGGCUCUGUCCUGAUCUUCGUCACCAAAAAGGCAAACUGUGAGGAGCUGGCUACCAACCUCAAUCAGGAAGGUUACAGUCUGGGCCUUCUGCAUGGAGACAUGGACCAGAGUGAGAGGAACAAAGUCAUCACCGACUUCAAGAAGAAGAAUCUGCCCAUUCUGGUGGCCACUGAUGUAGCUGCUCGUGGUCUGGAUAUCCCAUCCAUUCGCACUGUGGUGAACUACGAUGUGGCACGAGACAUCGACACGCACACGCACAGGAUCGGUCGAACUGGUCGUGCUGGAGAGAAGGGUGUAGCUUACACUCUCCUCACCAACAAAGACACGUCAUUCGCCGGCGACCUUGUGAGAAAUCUAGAGGGAGCAAAUCAAAGUGUUUCCAAAGAACUCAUGGACCUGGCUAUGCAGAAUCCUUGGUUCAGGAAAUCCCGCUUCAAAGGUGGGAAAGGAAAGAAGCUGAAUAUCGGUGGUGGUGGUCUUGGCUACAGAGAGAGGCCAGGUCUGGGGGCUGAAAGUUCUGAACGUGGCAGUGGCAGCAGUUUGUUGUCCUCUUCUGGCGGCUAUGAAGGCUUCACCAAAACAACCACAGGAGCAAUGGGAGAUCGGAUGUCUGCCAUGAAACAAGCCUUUCAGGCCCAGUAUAAGAGUCACUUUGUGGCUGCAUCCAGCGGCCCUCCAAAGCUCAGCACCAAGUCCAGCAGCUCAUCCGGCUGGACCAGUGCUGGCAGCUUGAGCUCUGUUCCAACUGAGGCCGCCAAUGGUUCCGACCGGCCCCAGGGCAUCACCCUGUCUUUGGCCAGUUUCACCAGCGCCGGCUCUCUGAGCUCAGUGCCUCCCAGUCAAACCAGUUCUCAGCAGAGCUACCCCCCUCCAGCUCCUCCCUCACAGAGAGAUAGCUCACGGGACAGACACAGUGAGGACCGGGGCCGCGACAGCUACCACCGCCACAGCGACAGGAGCGAUAGACACAGCGGAGAGGAUCGCUAUGGAGAGCGCGAUCGGCAUGGAGACAGAGAUCGGGACCGCCACAGCGACCGAGAUCGCUACAGCAGCAGCAGCCGUCACAGUGAUAGUCGUAAUGGAGAUGGAAGCAGGAGGGAGAGAGAUGAUCGGAGGAGUGAGAGGGACUGGGGAGACAGGGGGAGCGGGGAGGGGAGGGACAGAGACAGAGAAAGAGACAGAGGAGAUGACAGCUUUGCUGUCCCUGAACCGCCAAAACGUAGAAAGAGCAGGUGGGACAACUAAAGAAAUAAAAAUCAUCAAUAGAGUUAAGCGUGCGACCAGUGCUCCAUAAUGAGCUCUUCUCUUGUGUAACAGAGCAUUUAAGGGCUGACACAAGCACAGGACUGUGAAUAGAUGUAUACCGACUCCCUGUCGGGUUGGUUAGGACCUCAUUUGUUGUAAGGCAUAGGCAAGCCACUCAGUGACAGUCACUGUACAUAAACCAUCAAGACUGUUCUUAUUAAGUCAGUAGAGUCGAGCAAUAGAGCUGUGAUGAAUCCUGCUGUUCAGUUGUGAUGGUUGUCGUCUUUUUUCCUCUCACUGGACUCCAAACAUGCCUUUGUGCUUGCAAACUGAUUGCUUUAUUUUCAGUUUUUGCGUAUUGUAUUUGUGUGUUUGCAUUUUAUUAAAGCUAACUUUAGCAAGUGUUAAUUUUCAAAGUGCUCUGUGACAGUCAAACGUACAUGUCAAAAACAAUGUAGAGUUUUCUUUUGGUCUCGUAUUCAAGUUUUAGUGAAGUGCCUUUCCACGGCAUUUAGUCUCUCUAUGCUUUUGAAAUGUUUUUCAAAAAGAUGCAUUUGUUUUUAUGAGAGGAAUUUGAAUUGUUCAUUCUACAUAAGAAAAAAAUGUGAAGUUUUGAUUAAAAAGACUUGUA